AUGUCGAGACCAAUUCGGUUUAUAAGAUCUAUAUCAAUUGCUCAAUCGUCAGCAGUGGUAAAUGAAGUAAGGAGCUCUGUCAACUCUACAGUCUCAGCUACUGUGGGUGCUGCCUCUGUAGCGAGUCAGGUUGGAGGAAAGGCUGGUGAGGUGGAAAGCUUACCAACCACUCAAUCUAAUGCUCUCGAAAGUAUAAGCUUCCAAACUUUGAAUGUACCACCCACGGUUCUAUCGAUAAGCUCUCCACCCUCCUAUCCUGUAUAUAUCAAAAGGGGAUCCUUAUUGUCUCUCUAUGGUACCGGGUCUAUAAUAUCAUCAGUUAAAUCACAAUUCGAACUCUUGAAUCCAUUUAGUGCAUUGCUCUAUGGGGGACGUUCACUGCAAUAUCAAAAAUUCAUAUCUACUAAGCCAUACUCGUUAUUGGUGUCCUCAAUUGCGUCGUCUUACUGGUUUCAAAAGCCUCUGAAUAAAUCUUUUGCGACUAUAGACUUAGACGGCACAAGUGACUGGGCCGUGUUACCAAAAGAUGCAUUACAGGUUUACUCUGGCCCUUCAUUGGGAAUUCAGUCUCAUACUUUACCAAGAUACAUUUCUAGAAAAUUAUCCAAGCUGUCUAACUCUUCCAGACAAACCCCUACUGGUUUAUUCCGUUGGUUUGAUUCUGGAUUUACCUUACUUACUGGUAGAGGAAAGGUAGGUUUGGUGGCUUCUGGCUCCAUUUAUCUGAUAUCUUUGAAUGAAUCAGAGGAAAUAUUAAUAAACUUGAAGAACAUCGUGGCUAUUACCACGAAUGGUGCGCAUGACCUCGAGAAUAGUGUAAUAAAGCACUCAAUUCAAUUAUCUGAAAAUUCAAUAUCUGAAAAAUCCGAAGAUAAUCAAAGUAUCCAAAAGAGCCGACCAUCUUCAAGCCUCAACAUUGUAUUAGCCAACUUAAAGGGUAUCUGGUACAGCACCUAUUCAUUCUUUUCCAGACAACAGCAUGCAGUGUACAAUCAAUUGGUUGGAAAUAAAGAUUACGUAAAAGUCAUCGGACCUCGAACCUUAUUGGUCCAAUCUUCGAAUUCAAAUAUAAAGAAUUACGAAGCUACAGAGUCUCAAAGAAUAGCAAAUACUGAAAAUUUGAUAUCAGCUCAAAUUGAGACUGAUAAGAAUCGAAAAUCGUCAGAUUAUUUAAGUUACGUUACAAUUACUCCUCAAGGGGCAGUUUUUGAAAGUACACCAGAUUUCCUGGAAACUGUCAAUGCGUUGAAGGAAAGGACUGAAAAGAAAAAGUAA